GCCACCGUCGCAACCGCAACAACCACCGCCCUCCUCGUCUUCUUCUUCUUCGCCGCCAAAAGGAAAAGAUGCUCAACGAAUACAUCGACUCCCAUGCCCAAAUCCAAUCCCUGCAGGCCCGCUCCGAUGAGCUGGCCUGCUCUGAAGAGCAGAUGCUUGUGAAUCUUGUCUCUCUGGAGUCCGUGCGCAUCGCGCCCGAGUCGUAUGCACUCCUCGGCCCGCUGGUGAACAGGGCGUCCAUGAUAUGCUCCGAGCUGGAUCGCCUCUCGGUCGUGGCAGGCUUGGCGCUGGAACUCCACAGGCUCGAGCAUGAUCUGUUACCCCAGGUCAUGGAUCAGGAGGCCAAGCUAGACCGGGGCGUCCUGCAAGCCCUCCUACUCAUGAAGAACUCAGCAAUUGCGAUCUUACAUCUGGGGGAGGCCUUUAAGGAAGCCCACGUCUCGGACGGAUUGCUCGACAAGGAUCUGAUCUCAGGCCAAGUCCGAGCACUGAGCACAGUGCUAAAGGAUGCCGCUGUUCAUGUACUGCAAAGGAGUUUCACCAUCGUCUGGCUUCGGGAGCAGCGUAUCCCGUUGCUGGUCCGGCUGGUCACCUCUCUGUUGGCGACCCCGGUUCGUUUCUGCGAUUCUGAGUAGACUAUCAGUUGUUUCUUGCCAGCUCGUGACUGUUGUGAUGAGUAUUUCUUAGGGGCGUGGCAAACAGCUUACAACUGUAGGGGUAGCUCUCAAAUGUUGCCAUGUAUUUAUGUUUGGAUGAUAUUAUGGAUUUUAAAUAAUAUGUAUCUUGGGUACUGUUUUCUCAUUCUUUGCUAGGGUACGACUUGCAAUUGCUUUCAGUUAGGAUGGUUCAUUGGACAUGUAUGAACAAUGAUUAUUCUUGUGCAAAAUUAGUUUGUUUUAAA